UCCAGCCGCGUGACCGCCGUCUCGGCUGUCCGCACUUCUCAAGUUCAUGCCGAGGAGGUGCCAGCGGCGCCAGGGCCGCCCCCGCAGCCUCGGGUCCCUGGAGCCUCCCGGGGCGACAGCUGCGAGCCGGCCCCGCACAGCGGAGGGGCCGCUGCCAUGCUCUGGGCUGCCGGGCGGGAGACGCCCUCGCUGCCCGCUGGCGGCCGCCCCGGGCCCUGAGCCGGUCGCUGCGGCGUGGGCGCCUGCCCUGGCCCCCGGGGGAGCGCCAUGGCCUUCUCUGAGCUCCUGGACCAGGUGGGCAGCCUGGGCCGCUUCCAGGCGCUGCAGGCCGUGGCCCUGGCCGUGCCCCUCAUGUGGCUCACCACGCAGAACGUGCUGGAGAACUUCUCGGCGGCCGUGCCCGCGCACCGCUGCUGGGUGCCCCUCCUGGACAACGGCACGGCCCCGGCCAGCGCCCCCGGCGCCCUGGGCCCCGACGCCCUCCUGGCCGUGUCCAUCCCUCCGGGCCCCCACCGCGGGCCCCACCCGUGUCGCCGCUUCCGCCACCCACAGUGGCAGCUCCUGGAGCCCAACGCCACGGCCACCAACUGGAGCGAGGCUGCCACGGAGCCGUGCGUGGACGGCUGGGUCUACGACCGCAGCACCUUCACCUCCACCGUCGUGGCCGAGUGGGACCUGGUGUGUGACGCGCAGGCCCUGAAGCCCAUGGCGCAGUCCAUCUUCCUGGCCGGGGUCCUAGUGGGAGCCGCGGUGACCGGCCAAGCCUCUGACAGGUUCGGGCGCAAGCUGGUGUUGACCUGGAGCUACCUGCAGAUGGCCGUGUGGGGCACCGCGACCGCCUUCGCCCCCACCUUCGCCCUGUACUGCCUCUUCCGCUUCCUGGGGGCCCUGGCCAUCGCCGGCGUCAUGAUGAACACGGCCACGCUCCUGAUGGAGUGGACGUCCACGCGAGCCCGGGUCUUGGCCAUGACCUUCAACUCCCUGGGCUACAGCUUCGGCAUGGUGCUGAUGGCCGCCGUGGCCUACGGCGUGCGCGACUGGGCGCGGCUGCAGCUGGCGGUCUCCGUGCCCUUCUUCCUCUGCUUUGUGUACUCCUGGUGGCUGGCGGAGUCGGCGCGGUGGCUGCUCAUCACGGGCAGGCUGGAGCAGGGCCUGCGGGAGCUGCAGCGGGUGGCCGCCAUCAACGGGCAGAGGGCAGUGGGGGACGCACUGACCAUGGAGGUCGUGCUCUCCGCCAUGCAGGAGGAGCUCAGUGCGAGCCGGGCUCCCGCCAGCCUGGGCCACCUGCUCUGCGCACCUGGACUGGGCCUCCGGACCGGCGUCUCCACUCUGUGCUGGUUCGCCUUCGGCUUCACCUUCUUUGGCCUGGCCCUGGACCUGCAGGCCCUGGACAGCAACCUCUUCCUGCUCCAGGUCCUCCUCGGGGCCGUGGACAUGGCGGCCAAGCUCGGCGCCCUGCUGCUGCUGAGCUGCCUGGGCCGCCGCCCCACGCAGGCGGCCUCGCUGGUGCUGGCCGGGCUCUGCAUCCUGGCCAACGCGCUGGCGCCCCGCGAGAUGAGGCCCCUGCGCUCAGCCCUGGCCCUGCUGGGGCUUGGGUGGAUAGGGGUGGCCUUCACCUGCGUCUCCAUCUACACGGGGGAGCUCUUCCCCACCGUGCUCAGGAUGACCGCCGUGGGCCUGGGCCAGAUGUCGGCCCGAGGGGGGGCCAUCCUGGGGCCCCUGGUCCGGCUGCUGGGUGUGCACCACCCCUCCCUGCCCCUGCUGGUGUACGGGGCGGUGCCGGUGCUGAGCGGCCUGACCGCGCUGCUGCUGCCCGAGACCCAGCACCUCCCGCUGCCCGACACCAUCCAGGAUGUGCAGAACCAGUCGGUGAAGAAGGCAGCACACGGAGCCCGGGGGCCUGCUGUCCUGAAAUCCACGCAGUUUUAGGUUCCUGAGAGCCUGCGAGGGCCCGGGAGGAGCUUGCUGUCCUCCGCUGACGGCAGGAGAGCAAAGGCCUGGAUUUCCGGGGGGCCCGGGGGCUGCCCCUCCAGCCAGCCCUGCUCUCACCGAGGAGCCGCCUUCAACACAGAAAGGGCAAAGGAUGGUGUGAUUGGCAGGAGGCCACUUAACCUUCACUCACGGGUGCAGAGAGGAGCGAGGCCAGGCCCGGGGGACUGGCCAGCCUGUCGAUCCCGGCUGCCCUCUUGCUGCCCGGGCUCAGCGGGCUCCGAGGGGAUCGUCACCGUGUCAAAGCCUCCCAGCUUCUCACCCAGCCCGAGGGCUCUCAGUGAUGGAAUCUUGGCUCCUCAGCUUCACCCGAAAGGCGGCUCCUGCUCCCCCCCCAACCCCCCCCCCCCACACUCCAGCCACACAGCCAGUCCCGCCCGGCGGCCUCGUCUUCUGCCUGGAAUCCCCCUGCCACCUUCUCGACAAAUGCCCAGCCUCCAAGACCCAGGCCAAUGUCCUCAUGCCAGGCCCCAGGCCCAGCCCAAGGAUCUAAUGAAACCCUUACCCACGGCCCCGGCCUGAGAGUUCCCGGGGGGUCGGGGUGUCCCCAGCUCCCACUCAGAGGAGGGCGGGGGGCACAGGUGGGAGGGAGAUGAAUAAAGGAACAAAUG